AUGGAUGGUAGGGAGGCUGCAUGGAUGGAUGGUAUGAAGGCUGCAUGGAUGGAUGGUAGGGAGGCUGCAUGGAUGGAUGGUAGGGUGGCUGCAUGGAAGGAUGGUAGUGAGGCUGCAUGGAUAGAUGGUAGGGUGGCUGCAUGGGUGGAUAGUAGGGAGGCUGCAUGGAGAGAUGGUAGGGUGGCAGCACGGAUGGAUGGUAGGGAGGCUGCAUGGAUGGAUGGUAGUGAGGCUGCAUGGAUGGAUGGUAGGAAGGCUGCAAGGAUGGAUGGUGGGGAGGCUGCACGGAUGGAUGGUAUAGAAGCUGCAUGGAUGGCUGGUAGGGUGGCUCCAUGGAUUGUUGGUAGGGUAGCUGCAUGGGUGGAUAGUAGGGAGGCUGCAUGGAGAGAUGGUAGGGUGGCGGCACGGAUGGAUGGUAGGGAGGCUGCAUGGAUGGAUGGUAGGGAGACUGCAUGGAUGGAUGGUAGGAAGGCUGCAAGGAUGGAUGGUGGGGAGGCUGCACGGAUGGAUGGUAUGGAAGCUGCAUGGAUGGCUGGUAGGGUGGCUCCAUGGAUUGUUGGUAGGGUAGCUGCAUGGAUAGAUAGUAGGGAGUGUGCAUGGAUGGAUGGUAUGGUGGCUGCAUGGAUGGAUUGUAUUGUGGCUGCAUUGACGGAUGAUAUGGUGGCUGCACGGAUGGAUGGUAGGGUGGCGGCAUAG